GAGGAAGGUGAACAACAGGCUAUUGAUGUGAAGGACUUGGAUUGGGACUCGGAAACGGAUCCUGCCAAUCCCCAGAACUGGCCCAAAUGGAAGAAGUGGAUUAUUACUAUCACUGUGGCUGUGGUAUGUUUGUGUUGUUCCUUGGGUUCUUCUUUAUAUGUCAGUGGUGCCUUCCAAAUAGUUGCUGAAUUCGAUGUAUCCUUGGAACUUACUAUUUCGGGGUUGACCUAUUAUUUGCUAGGUUUGGCAUUUGGUCCUCUAUUGACGGCUCCGUUGUCGGAAAUCAUCGGUCGUAAAAUCAUAUACGUCGUAUCCUUACCAACAGGUAUGUUAUUCGUUAUGGGUGUAGGCUUGGCCAAAAACAUACACACCAUCUUGGUGUUGAGAUUCUUCUGUGGCUUGUUCACCUCUCCAGCGUUGUCGGUAGCGGGUGGUACUAUUUCUGACUUGUGGUCCGAUAGAAUCGAGGAACUAUCACAAGCGGUAGCAUUGUUCUGUUUGGCUCCUUUCUUGGGUCCUGUUCUUGGUCCCGUAAUCGGUGACUUUGCAGCCGAAGCCAAGGGGUGGAAGUGGUCGGCUUCAUGGAUCUUGUUGAUGUUCUGUGGUGCUAUUUUGCCAUUUGUAUUAAUCUGUCCAGAAACAUUCAAACCACAAAUCUUGAAAACCAGAGCUAAGAAGAGAGGUAUCAAGAUCAUCGAAAGAAAUAUCACCGUAAAGCUUCUUGUUACCAUUCUCAUCAACGAUUUGACCCGUCCGCUCGAAAUGUUGAUCAAGGAACCCAUUGUUUUGGUAUUGUCGAUCUACAUUGCCUUUGUGUUUGCCGUGUUGUUCGGUUUCUUUGAAGCAUUUCCAAUCAUCUUCAGAGGAGUCUACCACAUGGACAGUGGUGUCUCUGGGUUACCAUUCCUUGCUGUCGGUCUUGGCUUGGUCAGUGGUGUGCUCUUCUAUCUUAUUUUGGAUAAGACCUACUACUUCCCUAAGAAUCCUGAUGGAACCAGAGGUAAAAAGGAUGAAAAUGGAAACCCAAUUUGGGAUGCUCCCGAGAAGAAGUUACUUCUUGGUAAGAUUGGAGGAAUCUGUUUGCCCAUUUCCUUGUUCUGGAUGGGAUGGACAGGUAGAAAUGAUAGCGUUCACUGGAUGGCACCAACUGCAGCAGGAUUCCCAUUCGGUUUUGGUAUGAUUAUGGUAUUUUUCUCGAUCGUUCUCUACUUCUCCAUGUGUUUCCCACCUAUUUACGUCGCCUCUGCUGUCGCUGCCAACAACUUGUUGCGUUAUAUUCUAGCUUCCGUAUUCCCCUUGUUCACUACACAGAUGUACGAGAGAUUGACAAUUUCAUGGGCCAGUUCGUUAUUUGGGUUCAUUGCUCUUGCUAUGGUUCCAGUUCCAUUCAUUUUUGAGAAGUAUGGCCCUAAAUUCAGAGCUCGUUCUCCAUAUGGUUACGCUGCCUUCUUCAAAAAGAUUGCU